CAUUUUGCACGGCAUCAACGAGACGGCACCAAUGGCAAACGAGAGCGAAACAACAUUCUAAGAGAGGAAUGUUGUUUAUCACGUUUCGUUGAUGGUUUGAGUGGGAGCGACAAAUAAGUGGUACUCUCAGUUUAUUUCGGUCAUCGACACAAUCAAGACGGACUGUGUAAUGGAUCCGUUACGUCCAGCACGCGUGGAAGAAUUGAAACAUCUCAUUGGCAUAUACAAACAAUUCCUUCCACAGUCGAUACAGUUUGUGUCACUGUUGCAAAAUAUUUUACACACCAAUCUCACACUUCACGACACUGAUAAGGAGCAAGUCUCCCAUCGACUACAAAAAACUGUUUACAUUCCCAACAAUGAGAAAGGAAAUCGUUUGGCAACCUUUGUAGCCAUCAGUCGUGAAGAGGACCUAUUCAUCUUUAUGAAUACAUUGGAAGUUCCUCCUACGGAGCUUACGCACGCUCUCGAGCACACCACUUACAUUAAAUGGGGAAUCAAACCUAUGUUUGUGAUAGGUGAUAACAGUGAAAUUCGUGCAAAGCUAUCUCAAUUAACAGUGGAACCCAAAGUUCAGUUCGAAAGUUGGUCCGAUUGUGUUAACUAUUGGAUACCACAAACAGAAGCUGCUAAGCUUAGUUACAUCGUUCCAGCCGACGUAGAUUUAAAGCCAUUACAAGUUCAACAUGCCAAACAAUUAAACGAAUGGUGGCCAUAUCGCUACAGGACAUCGCAGCAAUACUUCGAAUCUGCCAUUAAAUAUUUUGGGGCUUUCGGUUUGUUUGACAAAACAUCGGGAGAACUAGUAGCAUGUGUGUUCCAGAAUGAUCAUGACGCUGUGGGACACCUAUAUACAGUUCACGAACGUUGCAAUCGAGGCUACGGAUGUACUCUUGCAAAAGCUAUAACUAAACAUAUUGCUGUUCAAUACAAGCAAGAUGUGCAUACUUUCAUCGAUGGAAAUAAUGAAAGAUCAAUAAGACUGUUCAACAAAAUAGGAUACAAAGCUGUUAGCCGAACUGAAUGGCUUGUUGCAUCGAAACAUUGAUACAAAACAUUGAUUCGCAUGGCAAAUCAGCAUGAAACAAUGCUCUUGGAAUAAAAAUUUCUUCUCAAAAUCUAUAGAACUACGAAAAUAAAUUUCAAAAUUGCCAUUUCCAAUGAAA